AUGUUCGAUCAGAGUCGUAUAUAUUAUUUUCUCAUUGGAUUAUUUCUUGUUAUUCAAACAAGUUCUAGCCAUAAAAUAAGUUCAAUAAAAAAUGUUGGCGCAUUUUGUGCUAAUGAUACAACACGUGGUGAUCCAAAUUUCAAUCCAAUUGAUGUAAGUCAACCACAAUUGAUAAAUAAAGUUGAAAAUGGUACACUUUAUCAAGUUGGUUCAGGUGAAGAUCAAAUAUGGUUAAUACAUGUUUAUGGUAAUACAGGUUAUGAUUUUGGUUAUGCUUAUGGUACAUUAUUACGUGAUCAAAUUCAUAAAGUUUUACCUCGUGCUUGGGCACAUUUUGAACAAGAAAUAAUUGAUUCAUUAAAAGAUCUUAAAUUACCUAAAUGGUUUGAAGACAUAAUUGUUGAUAAAGGUCUUGGAUUUGCAUUAGAUUUUCAAAAUGAUCUUGUUAAAAAAUAUAUGGAUGAAGAAAUCUAUAAUGAAAUGCGUGGUAUAGCUGAUGCAUCACAAGUUGAUUUUAAAACAAUUGUACGAUUACAUAUGCUUGGAGAAAUUACACGAGGUCGAUGUUCUUUGUAUGGUCUUUGGGGUAAUGCAACAUUGGGAGGAAAAACUUUGCAAUUACGUGCAUUAGAUUGGGAUGUUGAUGCUGGUUUACAAGAUUAUCCUGUUGUUACUAUCUAUCAUCCUCGUACAUCAAAACUUGGUCAUCCAUUUGCUAAUGUUGCUUGGGCAGGUUAUAUUGGAACAUUAACUGGUAUGUCAUCAUUUCAUCUUGGUAUAUCUGAAAUUGGUGUUUCAUAUCCUGAUGAUACAUUUGGUGAUGAAAGUAUGAGUGGUUUACCAUUCAUCUUUGUUGAACGUUACAUAUUACAAUAUAGUGAAACACUUGAUGAUGCACUUUCAUUCAUUGCUGAUGUUAAACGAACAUGUCAUUUAAUUCUUGGUGUAGCUGAUGGAAGAUUAGGUACAGCUCGUAUGAUACAAUAUUCACAUUCAAAAGUAAAUUUUUUUGAUGAUCAAAAUUUACAACCAUUAACUGAUUGGCAUCCACGUAUACCAAAUGCUGUUUAUUGUGGUAUGGAUUGGUUAUGUCCAUCACGUCAAUAUAAAUUAUAUCGUGCAAUAACUGAUCAAUAUGGACAAAUAACACCAGAAUUAUCAAUUAAAAAUAUUACAUCAAUUGUUAAAACAGGUGAUUUACAUGUUGGUGUUUAUGAUUUAACAGAUAAUAUAAUGUAUGUUGCAAAUGCACGUGGUACAGAUGAACAAGGACCUAUGGAAGCUUAUAAACGACAAUUUGUUAAAAUUGAUCUUAAUAUUGAAUUUGCUCGUCAAUAA